AGUUUUUGCAAAUCACAAUUAGAAAGCGUAAUUGAUGUUGAGGGAUGGCGGGGAAGAUAACCAUUAACUACAACUUGACGCAAAAUAAAACAUCCAAAACCUCCAAACUCCGCAAUUUCUCCAGAAUUCUCAAACAUUCAGAGCUAAGACUAGCAAACCCAUCUUUCUCUCUCUAUAAAACAGCAGGUAUUUUUUGAAUUUAUAUAUUGUAAAUUCGAUUCUAAGUUUUCAAUUCUAAUACUCUUGGGGCAAGAAAAUUUGGAAAAUUGAAGUUCUGGGUUCGAAAUGGGAGAGCAAAUCAAGUCAGAAAUUUACCAUGAACGUCAAAGAUUACAGUUUUGCCUCCUUCAUGCGCUCAAUAAUCUCUUUCAGGAGAAAGAUGCAUUUAGCCGGGUAGAUUUGAAUGGAAUUGCUGAAGAACUCAAUUUGGAUGAUCCCACCCCAGUAAAAUGGAACCCAAUUUCUGUUGUCUUUAAGCCUCAUCAUAAUUUGUUUACUGGGAACUAUGAUGUUAAUGUUUUGAUUGCUGCCCUUGAAAGAAGAGGUAAGAAUGUAGUGUGGCAUGAUCGGCGAAAUGGGGCCGGUUCGAUUGCUUCCCUUGAGGGGUCUGAAGAUGGGUUAAUGGGGAUUGUGUUGAAUAUUCCUGUGAGAAGGUAUGGUGGGCUAUUGAAGAACAGACAUUGGCUUACAUUGAGAAAAAUUGGUGGAAUUUGGUAUAAUUUGGAUAGUGAUCUUAAAGCUCCUACCCCGUUCGAGGAUGUAGAUGAUGUUAGGGUAUUUUUGGAUAGUGUCAUUCUUGCUGGUGGUGAAAUUCUGCUUGUUAUGAAUGAUAAUAAAUAGCUAGAUUGACUGCUUGUUUAUCCGUUAAUCAUUCUAAGAUGUUGAACUCUGCACCUUAUGAAUUCAGCUUCGGAAUCUUUGGGAUUUUUGAAGGACGGUAGAUGCUUCCGUUUAUAAUGUUUUUACAUGACUCUUUUCUUUUGAGGGUGGAGCCGUGGAGGAAGGAGGUAAAAGAUGGAUGAUGCUUAUGUGUUAGGGUUUUCUUGGUAGUGAAUGAAAUGUUUAGUUGUGGGUUCAGGACUGAUUUUGAGCUCUUUCGAAGUAGGCGAUAGACUAAAAGCUGAAAACAAACCAUGAUCGUCAUCCUUCUGGUGUCUAUCGCGAGAAAUGGUCUCAGCAGUUUGCAGUGGUACAGUUCUAUUCUUGCCGUGCUGGACUGCUGGUCAGUGCUUUAUACUCCUUUCUUCACUGUGAAUAGUUGGUUUACUCCAUUUUGUAUAAUGAAUACAAAUGCAAGUUGUUGUAUACUUUCCCUUGAGUUCAUGUGUUUUCUAUCGUUUUUUUUUGUCAUAGACUGUGAAUGGUGAAAAGUAUAAGAUUUCAUGAUUGUGCAAAAA